AGUACUCCGCCGCGCGCGCCACCGAUCGGACGUCUGUUUCCAAUAACGGUUAUUUCCGAAAUAACCGAGCGAUUGUAAACUUACUACUGUUAUAGUUAUACGUUUCUCGUUGUAUACUACCAGUUAUUGUGUAAACGGGACAAGUAAAAUGGACCGCGGAACACCGAUAGUGAUGUGCUAGUGUUGUGAAUAACGGUUAAUAACGAGUUAAUAGUGGUUGAUAGCUAUGAUGUGAGACAGUUGUGGUUGUCAAGAUGCCGUCAGACAGUGGUUCGGCGUGGUCGCCGCCAGCAUCCAACAGUGAGAGAAGAUUGAGCAACUCGUCCGAUGGAAGCGCCGGGAGCGGAUAUUCUAAAGCUAAUCCCGAACCCAUUCAUGGAAGGUACUCAGGUAGGCCUGUACAGUGCUGCCACGGCCAAUCUCGGUCGGAACAAAAUGUGCAGCCGCAUCUGUUAUUUUUGUGCACCUGUCGCCCGGACUCGUAUAGGGCUGACACCUUAACUAGUAAACUAGCAUAUUAA